UGAAAGCUGUUAUCUUCUUACAUCAUCACUGCUGUUCCAGCACGAAUCCCUCAUCUAUAUAUAUCGAGCUUUCACGACCUUUAGCAUACACCUUCACCCAAAGUUUUUCACUUCUCUUCCCAAAAAAUGGCUUCCGCCACCAUAUCCUUAUCGCCAUUUGUUAUCUUUCUCCUCCUCCUGGUGGGUAUUGUUUCUUGGCACAGCUGCGAGGCCCGUGAGCCCUUCGCUUGUGACCCAAAAGAUGCAAGGACGACAGGGUUGCCGUUUUGCAGGGAUUCUUUGGCAGUAGCAGACAGAGUAAAAGACCUCAUUGGAAGAUUGACACUGCAGGAGAAGAUUCGCCUGCUAGUAAACAAUGCCGCAGCCGUGCCACGGCUGGGAAUCAAAGGGUAUGAGUGGUGGUCCGAGGCUCUUCAUGGGGUCUCAAAUGUGGGUCCCGGGACUAAGUUUGGUGGGGCCUUCCCUGGGGCCACUAGCUUCCCUCAGGUUAUCACCACUGCUGCUUCUUUCAAUGCAUCUCUGUGGGAGGCAAUCGGACGGGUUGUGUCAGACGAAGCCCGAGCGAUGUACAAUGGGGGUGCGGCCGGACUCACGUACUGGAGUCCAAACGUGAACAUUUUCAGAGACCCGAGGUGGGGACGUGGGCAGGAGACUCCCGGCGAGGACCCCGUGGUGGCCGGAAGGUACGCGGCCAGCUACGUCCGUGGCUUGCAGGGGAACGCCGGCCACCGGUUGAAGGUUGCGGCUUGUUGCAAGCACUUCACGGCUUAUGACCUCGAUAAUUGGAAUGGGGUCGAUCGCUUUCACUUUAAUGCUAAGGUUAGCAAACAGGACAUUGAGGAUACAUUCGAUGUGCCAUUCAAAAUGUGCGUGAAAGAAGGUAAGGUGGCCAGUGUCAUGUGCUCCUACAAUCAGGUCAAUGGUGUCCCCACCUGCGCUGACCCCAAUCUCCUACGCAAAACAAUUCGCGGCGUUUGGCAUCUUGAUGGGUAUAUUGUCUCGGAUUGUGAUUCGGUGGGGGUUUAUUAUGAUACACAACAUUACACGUCAACACCAGAGGAAGCGGCUGCUGAUGCGAUUAAAGCAGGUUUGGAUUUGGACUGCGGGCCUUUCCUGGCUUUGCACACAGAGGCGGCACUGAAAAGAGGCCUAUUGAAGGAGAUUGAUGUCAACGGCGCUUUGGCAAACACACUCAAUGUCCAAAUGAGGUUGGGCAUGUUUGAUGGGGAACCCUCCAAGCAGCCAUUUGGGAACCUUGGCCCCAAAGAUGUGUGCACUCCGGCUCACCAAGAGCUCGCGCUUGAAGCCGCCAGGCAAGGCAUUGUUCUUCUCAAGAACCGUGGACCUUCGCUGCCUCUGUCUCCUCGUCGCCACCGUACUAUUGCUGUCAUCGGGCCUAAUUCGAAUGUCACAGAUACCAUGAUUGGCAACUACGCUGGUGUUGCAUGUGGAUACAUCACUCCGAUGCAAGGAAUUGGGAGAUAUGCAAGAACGAUUCACCAACAGGGUUGCACUAACGUCGCCUGCACCGAUGACAAGCUCUUCAGUGCGGCUGUCGGUGCUGCCCGUAACGCCGAUGCAACAGUUUUAGUGGUAGGGCUUGACCAAAGUAUCGAGGCAGAAUUCAGGGACAGGACUGGGCUCCUUUUACCAGGGCGCCAACAAGAUCUUGUGUCCAAGGUAGCCGCAGCUUCAAGGGGUCCAACCAUAUUGGUCUUGAUGUCAGGUGGGCCUAUUGAUGUGUCUUUUGCUCAAAAUGAUCCACGCAUUGGCGGCAUCUUAUGGGCCGGUUACCCUGGCCAAGCUGGUGGAGCUGCCAUUGCUGAUGUCUUGUUCGGAACAUUUAAUCCAGAGGGCAAGUUGCCUAUGACAUGGUACCCACAAGACUACCUUUCAAAUUUGCCCAUGACAUCCAUGGAUAUGAGGUCAAGCCGAUCAAGAGGCUAUCCCGGAAGAACCUACAGAUUUUACAAAGGUCCAGUGGUGUACCCAUUUGGGCACGGUUUGAGUUACACAAAAUUUGUGCACACCGUAGCUAGUGCUCCCACCAUGGUGGCUAUCCCUCUUGCCGGCCGCCAUGCUCAUGGCAACACUACCAUCUCAGGCAAGGCAAUCAGGGUGACACAUGCUAAGUGUGGCAGGAUCUCUCUCGGGGUUGAUCUAGACGUGAAAAAUGUAGGGUCCAAGGAUGGUUCUCACACAUUGCUUGUAUUUUCCAAACCACCUGCUGGGCACUGGGCUCCACACAAACAACUGGUGGCUUUUGAAAAAGUUCAUGUACCGGUAAAGGCUCAGCGGCGAGUCCGAAUUGACAUCCAUGUGUGCAAGUUCCUUAGUGUGGUGGAUAGAUCUGGAAUUCGAAGAAUUCCAAUGGGUGAACAUAGUCUUCAUAUAGGGGAUACCAAACACUCUAUAUCCCUUCAAGCAGCAACACUUGGAGUGAUCAAAUCAUAGAUUUCUUGGCGGAAAGACGGGUUUGCCGGUAUGCCCAUUUUGCCAUGAUAAUGUAAUAAGGGAUACCAUGGAUACAGCAUACUACUCAAAAUUCACAAACAAGAGCGCAAGCUGAAAGAUUGUUGCCAAGUCUUUUUUUUUUCUUGUUUAACAUCUAAUUUGAACUUAAGUGAAUAAAUCAUAAUUGGGUUUAGGAAUUGAUUGACAAAGGAAUUCUACCUGUGUGGCUAUGGAUUGGAGUUGUAUUCGUGUGAGAUUUUGAACUUUCCAUUAAAA